AUGUCAUCGGGAAUAAGCUCGUGGGCCGAUGCUGCAGAUGAUGUUCCAGGCACAGUUGUGACCUCCAACGCUGAUGGAACCAAGACUGUGGUUUCGUAUAGAAAUAAUGAAGGCAAAUUGGAAAAGAUAACUCAAAUCAUUAAGGAAGUUAAAGUAACAGAAAAGGUACAUCCCUUAGUAGCACAACGGAGAAAAUGGAUCAAGUAUGGUAAGGAAAGAAAUACUCCUCCAGGACCUGAUACCAGAACCACACAAUUGGGAGAAAAGAUUGAAUUGAAAUUAGGAACAGCUUGGAAGGAACAAGAGAAGGAAGAAGAAGCAUUAAGAGCUCAAGAAGCUGCCAAUAUUGUUUCUGAUCAAAGAAUCAAAUGUAGAUCAUGUGGGGGUGCUCAUUUCACUUCUAAAUGUCCUUAUAAAGAUACAUUGGGACCUGCUACACCUGCUGAAGCCCAAGGAGCUAGUGGUAUACCAGAAGAUGAUGGAGCUAAUGGUCCAGGUAAAUAUGUUCCAAGACAUAUGAGACGAGAUGCUAAUGGUAAUUUACCACCAAAGGAUAUGAGUAGAGAUGAUGCUUGUACUUUGAAGGUUACACAAUUGAAUUCUAUUGUUGAUGAAACUAUGUUAAGAAGUGAAUUGUUUGCUAAGUAUGCUCCAUUAGCUCGUGUUACUGUGGUUAGAAAUAAGGAAACCGGUGAAUCUAGAGGUAUUGCUUACGUUACAUUCGCAACAGAAUCUUUAGCCGAAAGAGCUUUGGAAGAAUUGAAUGGUAAGGGUUAUUAUUCCUUGAUUUUACGUUUGGAAUGGUCCAAAAAGAAGAAGACUUGA